CAUUAUGGGACAUCUCGAAUGUCAUGGCGGACGUUUUUGUUUCGUCUUCGAUUUUGACAGUUCUUUGUUUGCCUACGAAAAAGCACGCUGCUAGAAUGCAAGACAAAUGUCGUGGAACGACCAUUCUAUUUUCGAUGGUACACCGCUCUUGUUUCGCACGAGGUCAGCUGUUGUAAAGCUGCUAGAACGAGUGAAAGGCGAAAAACCGUCAAUUCAUGUUAUCUCAAAACCGACAGAGCCAGUUGUGAGUAGGAAAUCGAGAUUUAAAUUCCCAGAUCCGAAGAAAGAUUGCUCCGUGAAUCUUAAAGUCAGCAGCCACAAUGGUGAACUGUGUUUGCCAUUAUGCUACGAAAAUCAAGAAGAUUCGGAUCAUCACAUUUGUGACGGGCUAAGAUACAUUUUACAAGUCGUAUCUGUGAAGAGAUUUUCCCUGGAUGGUAAGCAGUUCAUUGCAAACGAAUGCCAAGAGGACUUUUACUGUUGUUCUCCUCUCUCAGCACAUAAGAAGGGUUCAGCAAAAAAGUGUCUGGGAUUUUGGUUUCGGUUUCUUGGCAAGGACGCGAUAUACCGCGUAACUGUCGCCCUUAAGCUAGAUGUCGUUUCUGUGAGUAAUUUGAUAGGUAGAAGAUACUUCUCGGAUUCAUUGUUCAGUGAUGAUGGUAUAGUUUCUAGUGAAGAAUUUGAAAUUUCAACCCGCGUUAAAUCAUCUCAAAGCACUGCUGCUGCAGAAAGAGAUGAAGUCAUAAAUGCAGCAAAGAUUUUUCCUUCUUUAUACUUCAAUAAAGAGUACAAGUCUAUUGUUGCUAGAUUUAAAGACUUGAGACAUAAACUGAAUUUCAAGGAACUGGACAAAUUUUUUGUCCAAACAUUGGAAGGACUGAGUGACAACGACCUAAAAGUUGUCCUUUUUCUUGAGCAAAGCCAAGAAGCCUGUCGCAAGAGGCUUUAUGAAAAAUCUAAACAACUUCUGAAGAAGGCAGUUGAUGCUGCUGCCAAGUGCAAGAACAAAACCUUGCUAAUGGGUAGAGCUUAUUUAUAUCUCUCCUAUGUUCAUGAAAAAGAUGGAUAUCUUGGAAAUGCAGAGGAGUGUUUAGCAAUUGCUAGGAAAAAGCUUCAAGCAUUGGAAGCAUGUGAAGACAUUGGAGACCUGUGCUUUCAGGAAGGGCUCAUUUUGACAAAUUUUGCUCAAAAGAUGCCUAAGUUUGCUUUGAAGUUGAUUGGCGAGGCCAUACACAAAUUUGAACAAGCUGCAGCACUAUUCAGCAAUGGUCUCACUGUAGAUAAUGCUCUGGAUAAGUUAUGUUGUUCAUACAUUAGACUUGCAUCGUUAUUACUUAAACAAAAGCCAUCAGCCCUAGGCACUGAUGGAUCCUGUGUACAACCUAAUAUAACACUAGCUGACAAGCACCUUGAGUGGGUUGCAGGUCAUCUGGCAGAGCUGUCAGAAAGAACUAAAUUCAACUUCCAUGUUUGCCAUACAGAGCUUCUUUAUGAGAAGCGGCAAUAUGAGAAAGCCAAGGAAAGUCUUGAUGCUGCUUUCCAGAUUGCCCACACUUGCCAGUUUGAGGAGCAGGCGAUGUGGAAAGAACUACCUGGUGGCAGUUCUUGCAAUGAAAGUUACUUACAAGAAACUUCAAGCUUUGGGCAGCCAGCUGAUGGCGAGGGCAUGGAAGUUUUUGUUGUAGAUGAUGUACCAUUGGGCUAUCUUGGUGAUAUGAGUUCUUAAGUCUACCAGUCAUCAAUGAGAAUUGAACUUAAUGACAAUACAUGUAUCUUUGGUUCCAAAACAAACGGAUAUCUAAGAAAUUCUCAGUUUCAUGUAACCCAAUAAUGCUAGUUAGGACUAGUUAGAAUGUGUAACUUUUACAGAAGUAGGGUUCCAAUAUUUUUGGAGUGGUUGUUUACAAAAGAAGAUUUGUUAUAAAAAAAAAAAAAAUGUUAAUCUAAAUGGUACUUUUUACCAAAACUUUAGCCGUUGGAAAGUUGACUACCAGGGCUGUGUGCUUGAAGUGCCCAGAUGCCAUAGGCAACUGACAUUUGCCUUUGGGUGACUGGAAAAACUUACUUUUUUCAUAUAAUCUGAAGUGCUGGGCACCCAGGAUUUCAUGGUUAAGAACCUUUGGGCUCCUCGUCAUUUUUGUUAGACCACAGCCUUGGCUACGGAUAAAAUAUCUAUCAACAAUAUAAUUUAAAGAAUGUUUGUACAAGAACAUCAACUAAGUAUUUAUUACAGAAGCUACAUCAGAGAGUCAUGUAACCUACAAACUUUGCAAUCAUCUGUGUAGCACAUUGCUGGAGCUCUCUCCUCAAGUAAAGUAGUUUUCUUUUAGAUUAUUUAUAAGUGUUUAUAUAAUAAAAUUUAUUGGAAAAAAAAAUGACAAUUUUGGAAAAAAUAUACAGUUGAUAUUUUAGCUUUCCAUGUAGUGUUGAUUUUAAUAUUGAUCAAACAAUAUUGUUAUUCAGUAACAUUUUAUAAACAAGGUGUUAAUACUGUUCAAAGCAUAUCAACUUUAUUAAUCAACACAAUAGUGAGAAAGGUGUAGUUUAAAAGCAUUUAUUGCAAAUACAUGCUCUAUAUAUGAA